CGUCUAGUGCGCAUGCGCCGUGUACAGCAUGGAACAUAGAAAGGUAGAGCUUUAAUAAACGGAAACAGCAACUCACAUAUAAUGUGUUUUAACUUUUAAAUGGGUGCGGCAUUCACAGUAAUUAUUAGAGACAGUAGAAUUAAGCGUCUAAAAUGUUUCGACAUGGCAAGGUAUUCAUUGCGAAACUCAAAAAUUCGAGUUUCAAGGGUUCAUGGAGGUCUAGAGGCAGCUCUGCUGGAGAGAGAGCACUGCAGUACACUGUGGGACAGAAGAUCCACGGGUUCACUGUUAAAGAGGUAACAGCAGUGCCGGAUUUGUUCCUAACGUCCGUUAAACUCUCCCAUGAUGCCACAGGAGCUCAGUAUCUGCAUGCAGCCCGAGACGAUUCCAACAACCUCUUCAGUGUGCAGUUUCGUACCACGCCGAUGGACAGCACCGGUGUUCCUCACAUUCUGGAGCACACAGUUCUGUGCGGCUCUCAGCGCUUCCCCUGUAGAGACCCCUUCUUUAAGAUGCUCAACCGCUCUCUCUCCACCUUCAUGAACGCCUUCACGGCGAGCGAUUACACGAUGUACCCGUUCUCCACCCAGAAUGCCAAAGACUUCCAGAACCUUCUGUCUGUAUAUCUAGACGCUGUCUUCUUCCCAUGUCUCAGAGAACUGGACUUCUGGCAGGAGGGCUGGAGACUGGAGCACAAGACCCCCACAGACCCUUCGAGUCUUCUGAUGUUCAAGGGUGUGGUGUUCAAUGAGAUGAAGGGAGAGUUUUCAGAUAAUGAGCGUCUGUACGCUCAGCACCUGCAGAAUAAACUCCUGCCGGAUCACACAUACGCUGUUGUGUCCGGAGGGGAACCGCUAGCCAUUCCUGACCUGACCUGGGAACAGCUCAAACACUUCCACGCCACACACUACCACCCCAGCAAUGCACGGUUCUUCACAUACGGGGACUUACCAUUGGAGCAGCACCUGCAGCAGAUUGAAGAAGAGGCCCUGUCUAAAUUUGAGAGAGCAGAACCAAACACUGCAGUUCCACCCCAAAAACACUGGGACAAACCUAGAGUGGAUCAUGUGACUUGUAUGCCUGACGCACUUGCUCCUGAUCCCGUGAAACAAAACACGCUCUGCAUGAGUUAUCUGCUGGGAGACAUCACAGACACAUUUGAGGCGUUCACUCUGAGCCUCCUCUCCUCUCUGAUGAUCUCUGGUCCAAACUCGCCCUUCUACAAAGCCCUGAUUGAGCCCGGAAUCGGUUCUGACUUCUCCUCUUCAGUGGGGUUUGACGGCAGCACUAGACUAGCGUCUUUCACCAUCGGGCUUCAGGGCAUGGCGGAGGCCGACACUGAGACGGUCAAACACAUCAUUGCUCAAAGCAUCGAUGAUAUCAUUGCAACCGGUUUUGAAGAGGAGCAGAUUGGAGCUCUGCUCCAUAAGAUCGAGAUUCAGAUGAAACAUCAGUCCACCAGCUUUGGUCUAGCUCUCGCUUCAUAUAUUGCAUCCUGUUGGAAUCAUGAUGGUGAUCCGGUGCAGCUGCUGAAGAUCAGCGAGAAUGUGUCCAGAUUCCGGCAGUGUUUGAAGGAGAACCCUCGCUACCUUCAGGACAAAGUCCAGCACUACUUUAAGGAUAACACCCAUCGACUGACCCUUACCAUGAGUCCUGAUGAGAGAUUCUUGGAGAAACAGGCUGAAGCUGAGGAACAGAAACUACAGCAGAAGAUACAGAACCUCAGCCAUGCAGACCACAAAGACAUCUAUGAGAAAGGUUUGCAGCUGUUGGCCGUUCAGAGCACGACAAUCUAUGCUUUUGUCUUUAUUCUUGUUUUUCAGGGUAUUAUCCUGUCGUCUUCCUGUCUGGACAGGAAUCUACCUGACAUGUUUCAGCUGUGGAGUGACAUAUUCAACAGCCCUCAUUUUGAUGACGAGCAGCGUCUGCGUGUGCUGGUCAUGAUGUCAGCUCAGGAGCUGUCCAAUGGCAUCUCGUACUCCGGUCACAUGUACGCGAUGACAAGUGCGGCUCGAACGCUUGCGCCCACAGCAGACCUGCAGGAGACCUUCGGCGGGAUGGACCAGGUGAAGUUUAUGAAAAGAAUAGCCGAGAUGACUGAUCUGGCUUCAGUUUUGAGGAAACUUCCCCGGAUAAAGAGACACCUGCUGAAUCCUGAGAACAUGAGCCCUCAUUUUGAUGACGAGCAGCGUCUGCGUGUGCUGGUCAUGAUGUCAGCUCAGGAGCUGUCCAAUGGCAUCUCGUACUCCGGUCACAUGUACGCGAUGACAAGUGCGGCUCGAACGCUUGCGCCCACAGCAGACCUGCAGGAGACCUUCGGCGGGAUGGACCAGGUGAAGUUUAUGAAAAGAAUAGCCGAGAUGACUGAUCUGACUUCAGUUUUGAGGAAACUUCCCCGGAUAAAGAGACACCUGCUGAAUCCUGAGAACAUGAGGUGUGCAGUGAACGCCACGCCGCAGAAAAUGUCAGAUGCAGCUGGAGAGGUGGAGAGGUUUAUGGGUAAUAUAGCAGCCAAUAGGAAGGAGCGCAAACCUGUCAGACCAACCGUCGUGGAGAGAGCGUUAGAUCCUCAAGCUGCAUCAUCUGCCAGUCGUAAACUUAUCUCAGAGCCUCAUUUUAAACCCUGUCAGAUGAAGACGUAUUUCCAGCUUCCAUUUAAUGUGAACUUUGUCAGUGAGUGUGUGCGGACGGUCCCAUUCUCACACGCCGAUUACGCCAGUCUAUGUAUUUUAGCAAGGAUGAUGACUACUAAAUUCCUGCAUGGAGAGAUCAGAGAAAAGGGUGGGGCUUAUGAAGGCGGAGCUACAAUGGGAGGAGGUGGCCUGUUCUCAUUUUAUUCCGAUAGAGAUCCAAACUCCACCCAGACGUUGUCGGCUUUCCGUGGCGGAGUAGAGUGGGCACGAGCAGGAAAGUUUACCCAGCAGGACAUCGAUGAGGCCAAGCUCUCGGUUUUCUCAGCCGUUGAUGCACCUGUCGCCCCCUCAGAUAAGGGUUUGGGGCAUUUUUUAAACGGCAUUACAGAUGAGAUAAAACAAAGAUACAGAGAGAGACUGUUCGCUGUGACCGAUAAAAACCUAAUUGACGUCGCUGGCAGGUAUCUGGGUGUCGGUCAGCAGACAUGUGGAGUGGCUAUUUUAGGCCCGGAAAAUGAAAGCAUCAGAAAAGACCCAUCCUGGGUGGUCAAAUAGAUGUUUUUUCACCCUCUCCUCUUAUAAUUAGGAUUGUGAAAGACACGCACACGCUCCUGGAUCAUGCACAAACCAGUCAUGUUCCAUUAGAAGGUGUUUUCUUCUUUACAAGAGUCAUCAUGAGGAACAGAAGUGCUGAAACAACCCAAAUUAAACUAUCACUCAGUUCACUAAAACUACUUUUGUUUACACGGCACAUUGUUGAUCAUGGACUCUCAUUUUUUCUAAUAAGGUCAAAAACCGCUCCUAUGAUUCUGCAGAGAUUUAUAAAUUAGAAAUGAUUUAUG